CAGAGGUCGACACCAUGGCAGAUGGCGCGCCUUUACACAGCAAAAUCCGAGAUGCUCGCGACGGCGCCGCUGCCGCUUGGCUACGGCGCGUACACGUUCGUGCUUGGCGUCGACGCGUGCUUCCUUCUCGGUGCGUGGCUCUGGGCUGCCUCGAUCCACCCGCUGCCCAAGACGUACCUCUCGGAGAUCAUCUUUCCUGUCGAGCUUCUCGCCCGCGCCUUGGCCUCCACCAUGCUCGCAACGCUCUCCUUCCUCGGCUUUUGGGUCUUCAUGUGGCUGCCCGACGAGCCGUGGGCGCUGCGUGCGGCCUUUCUGGCCGAGUCAAUGACAUGGGCCAUGUCGACGUGGCUGAUUUGGAUGGAGCACCGCCGGAGCUUGACGACCUCGACGCUCUUACGCUUCUUCUGGGUGUUUCGCUGGGCGCUCAUGACCAAGUCCCUCUACUCGGCGAUCAUGUCGAUGACGUCGUGGUGGGACGAGGUCGCGCACGCCAAGCUCGCGCUGCACUGCGUGGUGUACGGUAGCUUUACGUGCCUGGCGGUCUCGAGCUUUUGGGCCCAACGCGACUUGACCAACUUGUCGCCGGAAGUGCUCGCGCUCUCUCGUCAGCGCCUCAAGUCGAUCGCGUCGAUCCACGCCCACGGUAAGCAGUGGGUCCAGCAGAUGUACGGGUCCCUCGACCAGUACCUCCCCCACCGCCCGCGGACGCCGGUGCACGAGUCGGUGCUGUUUCCGACGCCGACGGACCGCGUCCGCGUCAGCAUUCCGUCGUACACGAUCACACGCAUGUCGUCGUCAUCUUUCGUGUCGUACAAGAUUCUGGUCACGACCGAAGACGAGACGUGGAGCGUGCGCCGACGCUUCAGUGAUUUUGUGUUUUUGCGCGACGAGCUGCCAGAAUGCGUCAAACUCGGCCCGCUCUUUCCCGAAAAAACGCUUCUCAAGCAGUUUAACCCCAAGCGCAUCGACGCUCGGCGCGUCAAGCUCGAGCGCUACCUCAACGCCGUACUCUCCCACCCGCACUUUGACGUGCAAAACUCGCUGGCGGUGUGCGACUUUUUGGAGAUGGAAUACGUCGCCGACGAAGCUGUCUACCAAGUCGUGUAGAUAUUGCACUUGUUGUCGGUGGCGCACCGCGCGAUCCUUAAUUAUUCUUGGGCCGGGGGCCCCACCCCUACCCUAGCCCUUGUCGAUUGAAAAGCACUAUACAACGUACAUCCAGGGAUGGGUUAUCACAAAAAAAAACUCCACGGUGUCUACACUUGCGUGGACGGCGGU